CGAUUACAGCCAAUAAUAAUAACAACAGAGGCACAAGAAAAACAAUUAACCAAACUGACUUUAAUCCUUGACUUUGGAAACAUUGGUCAUUCAAUAUGCCCAAACGGAUGAUGUCUACAAAUCCUCUGCCAUUUCGCAUUCAAUUGCUAUCGGGCAGAAGCGUUGUUCUGGUGGAAGAGCCCAGCCACGAGUCGGAGAUCUUUCUGCCUCAGCUUCUGCAUGGACGCAUUGUCCUGGAGAAUGUGGUGCACAGUCGACAGCGAAGAUUGCGCGAGAGCGAAACCAAUCUGGCUGGACGUCGCCUGAGGCAGAAUUGUCGAUCACAGCGAUUGAUGGGUGGUGGUGGCAGCGGUGGUCAACAGAAGGUAACAACGGCUACGGUUGGUUUGGCGCCUCUGGCCAUUAUGGAUAAUGGUUUAAUGUUGCAAUCCCAAUUGCAAUUUCAGCUCCAGCAAAAACAACAACAAUUGCAGCAUCCCUGCAUUACUCUGAAAUUGAUCUUGAACGGAAAAGUGGUGCUAGUGGAAUGCAAUGGCUAUGAAUCUGAGAUAUUCUUGCCCCACAUUUGUAGCCAUUGCAUUGCCAUGAAACGCGUUACCGCCAACCAGCUGGUUCAGGUACAAAAUUCACACAAACGCCCAUCAAACAAAGCCCCAUCGUCCUAUGCAUCCACAGCUGCUGAAUGUAGUCCAUAUAAUCCAUCUUUGAAUCAGGCCAAUCGUAUGCUGAUCCAUCCAAUGCAGAUGCUCGAUAGACAUGCAGAAAAUUCGAUUGCUUUUGGCAAGGAACAGUUAUUGAAAUUGUCCAAAAAGGAGCGAAACAGGCGACGUCGUUUGAAUUACAAUCAAAAUCAGAAUCAUAUGAAACAAUCCGGUGCAGGUGAUCAAAAAAUCUUAUGCAAAUGUCCAUCCCCAAAAGCUGUUUAAUAUACCUACAUAUAGUACAUUUAUCGAGUAUCUUUCGUUUUACCCAUUGGAAUAAAUUUCGAGUUAAAGAAA